AUGACAGCAGUGGCGCUGGAUGAAAACAAUCGCCCGUAUCGACAACUGCCGGAGCUGGUUGAUGCUAGUGACGCGAAGCGUAUCGAUCGCCUUCGAGAGAUUGCGCUGCAACGCAAAAGCAUGUCAUUGCGCCGGAAGAAAAUGGAGAAAUUUUGGUCUGAAAAGGCUCCAGUCAAGGACACUAUCGUCGCGUUGUCGACCUCAUUCUUACCAUGCCAUUUGAACCGGAACGGCACCGUCUUCGGUGGUGAAAUCCUCUCGUGGAUGGUACCGACAAAGCGGCGCUGUACUGCGGUAGAAUUUUCACAGGAAACAGCAACAUGGUGA